AUGCUACUUUGCUCGAAUGUCGUAAAAGAGCUGGAAAUUCCGCUUUUGCGUUCUCAUGGGAUGUCAUUGGCUCAUCAAGCUCAAGCAGUUUCGUCAAAACAAGCGCCCAGUCCUGUGGCAAUGGAGAAAGACAAUUUAAGAGCAGAGCUUGAUCAGGUGUCAAGUGUAAAUGCUGGGUGA